AUGCCUGCCACCAACCAGGGCUGGCCGGAGGACUUCGGCUUCCGGCUGGGCGGCUCCGGGCCCUGCUUCGUCCUGGAGGUGGCUGAAGGGAGCAGCGCGCACGCCGGGGGGCUGCGGCCCGGGGACCAGAUCCUGGAGGUGGAGGGAAUGGCCGUCGGCGGCCUGAGCCGCGAGCGCCUCGUGCGCCUGGCCCGGCGCUGCCCCUCUGCCGUCCCGCCUCCCUACGACAUUCCUUUAAGGGCCAAAGCCCUGGACAAGAGCCUCCAGGACCCUUCCGUGCAGGUGGAUGAGAUCUUGGGGGACCAGCUGACUGCCAAGGAGCAGGUGUUCACUGCACUGAAGCAGUUUGCAGCCGAGCAGCGGGUGGAUGACCUGGUGUGGGCGCUCACCCUGGCACUGCCCCGCGAGGCCCGUGGGCCACUCCUGGACAACCUCAGGAUCUUCAUCCCCAAGAAGCACCGGGCGCGCUUCGACGAGGUGGUGUCACAGGGUCUGCUGGGCAAGUUGUGCCGCGCCCGGCGGGCGCAGAGCGCGCAGCGGCUGCGUCGGAGCCGCAGCGAGCUUAAGGGGAGCGGACACCGGACUUAACCAUCCCCUGCGCUCCCCAGCCCCCUCUCACGAGGGCAGGGCACACCGCUCGCCCCCACCCGCCCAUUCUCUCUCCCCAGGACAGUCCGAGUCUACAAGGGCAACAAGAGCUUCGGCUUCACGCUGCGCGGCCACGGGCCUGUCUGGAUCGAGUCUGUCCUGCCUGGGAGCCCAGCUGACAAUGCGUCCCUCAGGUCCGGCGACCGGAUCCUCUUCCUCAACGGACUGGACAUGAGGAACUGCUCCCACGACAAGGUGGUGUCCAUGCUGCAGGGCAGUGGCGCCAUGCCCACGCUGGUGGUGGAGGAGGGGCUCGUCCCGUUCGCCAGCGACUCUGAUUCCUUGGAUUCCCCGAACCCGUCGUCGGCACUCACCUCGCUGCAGUGGGUGGCGGAGAUUCUGCCGUCCAGCAUCCGCGUGCAGGGGAGGACUUUCAGCCAGCAGCUGGAGCACCUGCUCACGCCUCCCGAGCGCUAUGGGGUGUGCCGAGCCCUCGAGAGCUUCUUCCAGCACAGGAACAUCGACACCCUCAUCGUCGAUGUCUACCCUGUGCUGGACACACCUGCCAAGCAGGUGCUUUGGCAGUUCAUCUAUCAGCUGCUGACUUAUGAGGAGCAGGAGCUCUGCCAGGAGAAAAUCGCGUGCUUCCUGGGCUACACGGCCAUGACAGAGCCUGAGCCCUCGCUGGACCUGGAGCCGGAGCUGGAGCCAGAGCCAGAGCCGGUGCCCGAGCCCCAGCCCCGGAGCUCCCUGAGGGCCUCCUCCGUGUGCCGCCGCAGCCUCCGGUCCCCGGGUCUGGAGGCCAGCCUGGGCUGUGGUCCCAGCGACUGCCCCGAGAUGCCUCUUCCUCUGAUCCCAGGCGAACGCCAGGCGGGCGAUGGCACGUCCCUCCCCGAGACCCCCAAUCCCAAGAUGAUGUCAGCCGUCUAUGCGGAGCUGGAGUCCCGACUGAGCAGCAGCUUCAAAGGGAAGAUGGGGACCACGUCCAGAUCCCGUGCCUCCCCGCCAGUGCCCAACCCGGCAGGAACGGCAGGGCCCAGGACCCUGUCCAGCGUCUCAUGGCCCAGCGAGAGACUCGUGCCCUCCCCCUGCUACUACCCGCUGUGCUCGGGGGGCCCGGCCUCCCCCAGCAGCUCCGAGUCCCACCCCUACGCCAGCCUGGACAGCAGCAGGGCGCCCUCCCCACAGCCAGACCACGGGCCCAUCCACUCCGACAGCCCCCCCAGCCCGGACCUCGCCCGCCAGCCCAGCCGCAAGCUCUUCACCUUCUCCCGGCCUGCGCGGACCCGGGAUACUGACCGCUUCCUGGAUGCCCUGAGUGAGCAGUUGGGCCCCCGGGUCACCGUCGUGGAUGAUUUCCUGAGCCCCGAGAAUGACUAUGAGGAGAUGAGUUUCCACGACGACCAGGGCAGCUUCGUGACCAAUGAGCGGAGCAGCGCCAGCGAGUGCAUUAGCAGCAGCGAGGAAGGCAGCUCCCUGACCUACUCCUCCGUCUCCGACCACAUCCCCUGCUUGUGGUGCCCAUGCCCAUUCUGACUCAUCCUCAGCUUCUGGCCUUGGCUCCCGGCGAUGCCCCAGGCAAACAGCUGUGCUCCCAGUUGACCUUUUCAGAUUCCAGUCAGUCUGGUUCUUCCCUUCACACUCACACCCCCAGCCUCAGAAUUCAGAUCAUGACACACGGAUGCCUAUUGCCAAAGCUCCCCCGUGCUGUCCCGGGGCCUGGGCCACCGCCGCAGUGGGACCAGCCACACGAGCGUCAAGCGCCUGCGAUGGGAGCAGGUGGAGAACUCGGAAGGCACCAUCUGGGGCCAGCUCGGCGAAGACUCUGACUAUGAUAAGCUGAGUGACAUGGUGAAAUACCUUGACCUGGAGCUUCACUUUGGUACCCAGAAACCUGCUAAGCCAGUGCCCGGGCCUGAGCCCUUCAGGAAGAAGGAAGUGGUGGAGAUCCUGUCGCACAAGAAGGCCUACAACACCUCCAUCCUGCUGGCGCACCUGAAGCUGAGCCCGGCGGAGCUGCGGCAGGUGCUCAUGAGCAUGGAGCCCCGGCGCCUGGAGCCCGCGCACCUGGCGCAGCUGCUGCUCUUCGCGCCCGACGCGGACGAGGAGCUGCGCUACCAGGCGUUCCGCGAGGCGCCCGGCCGCCUCAGCGAGCCGGACCAGUUCGUCCUUCAGAUGCUGUCGGUUCCCGAAUACAAGACGCGCCUGCGCAGCCUCCACUUCCAGGCCACCCUGCAGGAGAAGACCGAGGAGAUCCGGGCCAGCCUGGAGUGCUUGCGCCAGGCCUCCCUCGAGCUCAAGAACAGCCGGAAGCUCGCCAAGAUCCUGGAGUUCGUGUUGGCCAUGGGCAACUAUCUCAACGAUGGACAGCCCAAAACCAACAAGACCACGGGCUUCAAAAUCAACUUUCUGACGGAGCUGAACUCCACCAAGACCGUGGAUGGGAAGUCCACCUUCCUGCACGUCCUCGCCAGAUCGCUGAGCCAGCACUUCCCUGAGCUCCUGGGCUGCGCUCAGGACCUGCCCACUGUGCCCCUGGCUGCCAAAGUGAACCAACGGGCCCUGACCAGUGACCUGGCUGACCUCCAUGGCACCAUCAGUGAGAUUCAGGCCGCCUGCCAGAGCAUGGUCCCCUCCAGUGAGGACAAGUUUGCCGUGGUCAUGACGUCGUUCCUGGAGACAGCCCAGCCGGUGCUGCGGGCACUGGACGGGCUGCAGCGCGAGGCCAUGGAGGAGCUGGGCAAGGCGCUGGCUUUCUUUGGAGAGGAUUCCAAAGCCACCACCUCCGAGGCCUUCUUCGGCAUCUUUGCAGAGUUCAUGAGCAAGUUUGAGCGAGCGCUCAGCGACCUGCAGGCCGGGGAGGGCAUGCGCAGCUCGGGGAUGGUGUCGCCCCUGGCCUGGUGA